AUGGCUUACGAAGGUGGUCGUGGCGGCAGCAGCCGUGGCGGAUUUGGUGGAGGCCGUGGAGGAGGCCGUGGUGGAUUUGGUGGUGAUCGUGGUGGCCGUGGAGGUCGUGGUGGCUUCGGAGGCGGUCGUGGUGGCGGCCGUGGUGGAUUUGGUGGUGAUCGUGGCGGCCGUGGUGGUGGCCGUGGUGGAUUUGGUGGUCGUGGUGGUGGCCGUGGUGCCCCUCGUGGCCGUGGUGCUCCUCGCGGUGGUCGUGGCGGUGCUGGUGGUGCCCGUGGUGGUGCCAAGGUCGUUGUUGAACCCCACAGACAUGCCGGUAUCUUUGUUGCCCGUGGAAAGGAAGAUCUUUUGGUCACCAAGAACUUGGUUCCCGGAGAAGCUGUUUAUGGUGAGAAGCGUAUCUCCAUUGAUGGUCCCGAAGGUACCAAGAUUGAAUAUCGUGUGUGGAAUCCUUUCAGAUCCAAGUUGGCUGCUGCUGUUUUGGGUGGUCUUGAUCAUAUCCAUGUUGCUCCCGGCAAGAAGGUCCUCUAUCUCGGUGCUGCCUCUGGUACUUCCGUCUCUCAUGUUGCCGAUGUUGUUGGCCCUGAAGGUGCUGUUUAUGCAGUUGAAUUCUCUCAUCGUCCCGGUCGUGAUUUGAUCAACAUGGCCAAGAAGCGUACUAACGUUGUUCCCAUCAUUGAAGAUGCUCGUCAUCCUCAAAAGUACCGUAUGCUUGUUCCCAUGGUUGAUGUCAUUUUCGCUGAUGUUGCUCAACCCGAUCAAGCUCGUAUCAUUGCAUUGAACGCUCACCAUUUCCUCAAGAACGAAGGCCACAUUGUCAUUUCCAUCAAGGCCUCUUGUAUUGAUUCCACUGUUGAUGCUGCUACCGUUUUUGCCCGUGAAGUCAAGAAGCUCCAAGAAGAAAGAAUCAAGCCUCAAGAACAACUUACUCUUGAACCUUAUGAAAGAGAUCACGCUGUUGUUGUUGGCAAGUAUGUGAGAAACAAGUAA